AUGUCCUUCGCAGCAAACCCACGUGCCGACCAGCCAGACCCCUCCUCUGCUCCCCGCGAGGCAGCGGGACCCGUAACAGCGGACUCACUGGCGGCCGAGUCCCUGCGCGGAUCAGGCGGCUUCGCAGAGAACGAGAACGCGCACGCACUCGGCGUCAAGGGCGGGCAGUCAACGCUCAACACGACGGACACCUCCGGCGCGACGGCUCUGCAUGCCGCGCCCAGCGGCGCCGUGCGUGAGCAGCAGGACGCUCGCGCAGCGGGACCGGAUGAGAAGGGCCCCACGGGCCUCAAGCUCGAUGCCCUUGGGCAGCCGGAGUUUGGCGGAAAACAUUCGCUUCAGGGAUAUGCGGGUGGGCCGAGUGGACCAUCCGCCGGCAUGGGCGUGCGACCACACGUGGACGCCGCACCGGUUUACACCGGCGUUGUGACGGGAGCAGCGCUGUCCGAGGGUACGUUCAAGCCCAAGGGAGACAACCUGGAGGAUGCAGGCGCUACAAAUAGCAUGCCACAAACCAGGACCUUCACAGGAGACGUGGGCGGCGUCCACGAUCCUGGCCGGCUAGCUGAGCGUGCGUUCGAAGGCCGGAACACCGAUCCGAACCCUGAGUUAAGGCACGGAGGCGACAACGCUGGCACUCAGAGGGCUGCGACCGCGGAGGACCGUGGAGGGCAGUAUGAUGUCCUGGGAAGUGAGAGGGCUUGA